GGCCCGGCCCCGAGCAUGCGCAGGAGGGUGCCGGCGCGGCCGCCGGUCGGAAGCGCCAGCUCUUGAGUAGGGGGAGCGGUCGCUGAGGCUGCUCGGCCCCGCCGCCUGCCAGGCCGUUGGCUCCCGCUUCGCGCCCGGGCCGCCGGCUGUAGUCUUCAAGAUGAGUGUCCCUGACUACAUGCAGUGUGCCGAGGACCACCAGACUCUCCUUGUGGUGGUGCAGCCUGUGGGCAUCGUCUCCGAAGAGAACUUCUUCAAGAUUUACAAGAGAAUCUGCUCCGUGAGCCAGGUCAGCGUGCGGGACUCCCAGCGGGCGCUCUGUAUCCGCUACAGGCACCACUACCCGCCCGAGAACAACGAGUGGGGCGACUUCCAGACCCAUCGCAAAGUCGUGGGCCUUAUCACCAUCACGGACUGCUUCUCCGCCAAGGACUGGCCCCAGACUUUCGAGAAGUUCCACGUGCAGAAGGAGAUCUACGGCUCCACGCUCUACGACUCCCGGCUCUUUGUGUUUGGGCUGCAGGGAGAGAUCGCCGAGCAGCCGCGCACCGACGUGGCCUUCUACCCCAACUAUGAGGACUGCCAGACGGUGGAGAAGAGGAUCGAGGACUUCAUCGAGUCCCUCUUCAUCGUGCUUGAGUCCAAGCGUCUGGACAGGGCCACUGACAAGUCUGGGGAUAAGAUCCCCCUUCUCUGUGUCCCGUUUGAGAAGAAGGACUUUGUAGGACUGGACACAGACAGUAGACAUUACAAGAAGCGGUGCCAAGGGCGCAUGCGCAAGCAUGUGGGGGAUUUAUGCCUCCAGGCCGGGAUGCUGCAGGACUCCUUGGUACAUUACCACAUGUCCGUGGAACUUCUCCGCUCAGUGAAUGACUUCUUGUGGCUUGGAGCCGCCCUUGAAGGGUUAUGUUCAGCUUCUGUCAUCUAUCACUAUCCUGGUGGAACUGGGGGUAAGAGUGGAGCUCGGAGGUUCCAGGGUAGCUCACUUCCUGCUGAAGCAGCCAACAGACACCGACCAGGGGCACAAGAAGUUCUCAUUGAUCCAGGUGCCCUCACGAGCAAUGGCAUAAAUCCCGACACCAGUGCUGAAAUCGGACGUGCUAAGAACUGUCUUAGUCCUGAGGACAUAAUUGACAAGUAUAAGGAGGCCAUUUCCUAUUACAGCAAGUACAAGAACGCUGGAGUGAUUGAGUUAGAAGCGUGUGUCAAGGCUGUGCGUGUCCUCGCCAUCCAGAAGCGGAGCAUGGAAGCCUCAGAGUUUCUCCAGAACGCCGUUUACAUUAAUCUUCGGCAGCUUUCUGAAGAAGAGAAAAUCCAGCGGUACAGCAUCCUCUCUGAGCUCUACGAGCUGAUUGGCUUCCACCGAAAGUCUGCGUUCUUCAAGCGCGUGGCCGCUAUGCAGUGCGUGGCCCCGAGCAUCUCGGAGCCGGGCUGGAGGGCCUGCUACAAGCUCCUCCUGGAGACGCUUCCUGGCUACAGUCUGUCGCUGGACCCCAAAGACUUCAGCAAAGGCACGCACCGAGGCUGGGCUGCCGUCCAGAUGCGCUUGCUUCACGAAUUGGUCUACGCGUCCCGAAGAAUGGGGAAUCCUGCUCUUUCUGUCAGGCACUUGUCCUUCCUGUUGCAGACCAUGCUGGACUUCUUGUCAGAUCAAGAAAAGAAAGAUGUGACUCAAAGCCUAGAGAACUACACGUGCAAAUGUCCUGGGACAAUGGAGCUCCUCACUCUCCCAGGCGGCCCCACCCUGCCUCCCGUGCCCUUCACCAAACUUCCCAUUGUCAGGCGUGUGAAGCUGUUGAACCUUCCUGCCAGCCUCCGGCCACAGAAAAUGAAAAGCUUGCUGGGUCAGAAUGUGUCGACCAAGAGCCCGUUCAUCUACUCACCAAUUAUCGCGCACAACCGUGGAGAAGAGCGGAACAAGAAAAUAGAUUUCCAGUGGGUUCAAGGAGACGUGUGUGAAGUUCAGCUGAUGGUAUACAACCCAAUGCCAUUUGAACUCCGAGUUGAAAACAUGGGGCUUCUCACCAGUGGAGUGGAGUUUGAGUCUCUCCCUGCGGCGCUCUCCCUUCCCGCCGAAUCUGGUCUCUACCCAGUGACUCUUGUUGGGGUCCCACAGACGACUGGAACGAUUACUGUGAACGGUUACCAUACCACGGUCUUUGGCGUCUUCAGUGACUGUUUGCUGGAUAACCUCCCGGGCGUGAAGACCAGCGGCUCCACCGUGGAAGUCAUUCCUGCCCUGCCCAGACUGCAGAUCAGCACGUCCCUGCCCAGAUCUGCGCACUCACUGCAGCCUUCUUCUGGUGAUGAGACAUCUACUAACGUGUCGGUCCAGCUCUACAACGGGGAGACCCAGCAGCUUGUCAUUAAACUGGAGAACAUUGGGAUGGAGCCAUUGGAGAAACUAGAAGUCACCUCCAAAAUUCUCACCACCAAAGAAAAACUGUAUGGCGACUUCUUGAGCUGGAACCUGGAAGAAACCCUUGCCCAGUUUCCUCUCCAGCCGGGGAAGGUGGCCACUUUCGUGGUCAACAUCAAGGUGAAGCUGGACUUCUCGUGCCAGGAGAAUCUCCUCCAAGACCUCAGUGACGAUGGAAUCAGUGUGAGUGGCUUUCCGCUGUGCAGUCCCUUCCGACAGGUCGUUAGGCCUCGAGUGGAGAGCAAGCCUGUGAACCCGCCCGAAGGCAGCAAGCCGGGGGACCCGAGCCACGUGAAGACCCUGGAAGCUAUCCUGAAUUUCAAAUACUCUGGAGGUCCGGGCCACGUUGAAGGAUAUUACAGGAACCUCUCCUUGGGGCUGCAUGUGGAAGCUGAGCCGUCGGUAUUCUUCACCCGAGUCAGCACUCUGCCGGCGACCAGUACCCGGCAGUGCCACCUGCUCCUGGACGUCUUCAACUCCACGGAGCACGAGCUGACCGUCAGCGCCCGCGGCAAUGAGGAGCUCAUCCUGCACGCCGGCGAGUGCCAGCGUAGGGGCCUCCCAGGAACGGAACCCGGAGUGAAGGGAGCUACCCGGGAGAAGCAGGUACCAUGCGACUCCAGUCACCUGAAGUCCCAGAAUGAGCCAACUGGCCUACUAUGGAAAAAGCAGAGCGUUGCUUGCCUCUGGAGAGCUUGGGGUGGGGUUUGAACAGGAAGCAGCACGGGGGUUUUCCAGGUAAGGUCUUGGGGGGCAACCCGACGUGUGUGUGGGCUGCGCGUUGUUUGCAUUUGUUAAGAAUUUUGUUGUAAGUCCGUUUUAUAUCCAAAGAAAAACUGCGUGCACAUGUUGAGCUCUAAGUGCAGCUAUGCUGCUGGAGGCUUUGGAGGACUGCAUGAUCCCGGCAGUGGUCUCUGGAAUGCCUGAAAACUAAGAUGAAUGAUGGAAAGGGAUGGGAAGUGGAGAGGCUCGAUGGAAAGGCACAUGGAGUAAAAUGUUCAUGGUGCAGACUCUUGCAAGGGGCAUGGAGGGUGCUCACGGAAGAAUUCUUUCCACAUUCGUUGUCUUUGCCAUUUUUCAUAAGAAAUUGUUGGGGGAAAAAAGAUGUUGGAGAAAAUAAGUGAAAGAACAGCUCAGUCCUCCUCCCCGUCUCACCAUCUUCCUCCCCUUGCCCUCCCUCCUCGGGGGGAUUGCAGUCUUGGAGGCGAUGGAAUCAUUCAUACCAUGUUUUGCUAUUUUUAUUGUAUUUAUAUCUACAACCAAACAUUAUUUUCAGAGUUUUUUAUGACAAGCGGUUCUAUAUCACAUAUGUCUUUUUAAAAAUAUGUCUUUUUAUAACUUUAAAUCAGCAUUAUGCUUUGGAGAUAAAUAUAAAUCUGGUUCUCUCCUUUCGACUGCUAUUUAUGUUUUGUUGCAUGAAUAUGCCACUUUAUCCAUUUCCAUGCUGAUCCGCCCCGAGGUUUGCUUCAGAGUGGUGCCGUCUGAUGUGAUUAUUGUUAAUGACCCUGGGAAUGCCGAGUCAGGCCCCGUGGCCCCUAGUGCAGGACCGUUGGGGCUGAUAGUGGGAAGCUCGAGGCCAGGUGACUUGGGGGCAUCCCCCUGGAGAUCUCACGGCCUCUGCCCCUGCAGAGGACUUGCCAUGUGGGGGUGGCUGUGUGGGGGCUCCAGUGCUCCUGCACACGGGCCGCGGAGGCCAAGGCUCAGGGUUGGGCGCCUGGUGCAGGACUGGCUCCUUUGUAGGGCGCCCAUGCAGCCCCUGGGGUCUCCACCACCGACAGCUGCCUGGGCCCCGUGCUGUUCUCCGAAUCGUGAAGGAAGCUGUCUGCUCUCUGCCUGUCUUUGUCUGGAUGUUUUGAUGUGGUCUGAGAUCCCAGAGGACGUAAAUCUGGUCGUCUUAUGACACUGACAUGAAACCGGUUGUUACAAAUUUAUAAAUUGUUAAACUUGUUCUCAGCUAAAUCGUUCGCAUCGGUGGAAGGCUGAAAGACGUUGGCAAUCCCACUUGCAAAUAAUCACAAAUUAGUUUUCUGCUUCGGACUUCCUCAUUAUUGACCUUUCUCUUACAUUCUCAUUUCUCUCUGCUCCUAGCUCACACAUUCUUUAUUCAUUCAUAAAAUGUUCACCCAAUAAAUAUUGAUACUUGGAGAACUUGUUCUGUGGUGCCUGCGCCAGGCUCGGGGAGUGCCAGGGUGAGCAGGGGACUCCCCCCCCAGCCCGGGAGCUAGGUGUGAUGAGGGUGACGAGUGUCUCCCGCAGCCGGGCACCUGCCCGACGGGGCAUCUUGCUGACCUGCUGUGGGACUGGUAAACCAGAGGUCAGAAGCCAUGUCUGGCUCUUGUCCCACUGCCCCUGCUAACUGGUGGUGCCGGGGAGCCCAGUGUUUGUGGGGACGCAGGGAGGCACUUCCCUUCUGCUUUUCAAACAUCUCCGGCCUUGCCUGGAUCCGGUCGGACACAUGCUCUACCUCUGGGGAGGGCGUCCCAGUGUGCACAGAUCACUCUGCUGGAGGGAGCAGAGGUGGCUGAACCUGGCAGCACCGGAAAGUGCCCUGCAGACCUCGGCCACGGAUGCUGUCCCUGUGUACCCAGGCUCUCUCCUCAGUGCCCUGUCCCUUCCCGGAGUCCUGAGCUCAACCAGUCUCCUGCCUCUUGCCUUCUUCCAUGAGGAGCCUUCCCCAGCAUGGCUCAGGAUGUGCCCACGGCUGAAACAGCCUUCUCUGUGGCCAGGCGUGGCCGCUGUAAAGAGGGGCAGGCUCUGCCCCUUGGUGACUCCAGUUUAAUCCCUCCACCUGCGUGUGCUGUUCCCACUGCUGCCUGGGAAGUGGGCGGAUGGACGGCGCUUUCUGCUGGAGAUGGCACAGAAUGCUCUGUGAUGAAAGGCCACGGUCCUGGGACUCACGUGGCGUUCUUCCUGCUCUUCCCAGAAUCCGGGCACCCCAGGGUCAAGAGGCAUUUGACUUCCUUUUAAGGGUGGCCUGUACUCCAGGAGAGGGACCAACUCAAGUCCUCUUAGAUUGUUGGGGCCUGUGCUGCUCCUCCCCUCCGGGUAGAAAGGGGUGGCCUCAUCUUACCCAGGACAGGAGCCUGUGCUUCCCAGGGAAGGAAACAAUGGAAGGCGGAGUCACUGAGCCCGUGUGUUUGGAAGUGAGGGCGCUUCAGUCCACACGGUGCGUUCGCGGGAGGGUUUGUCUGUGUUUUAUGGACGAGCGACCUGAGCAGCGAUCAGAGUACCCUGGUGGGCUCCACAUCUGUCUGACUCCACGGCUCUGCUUACAGAGGUGACCGACGGUUAGGAACCGGUUCCGUUCCUUUCCCCCUUGCGCUCUGUGCAGCCUUUGGUAAGUUGUAACCAGCACUGUGAAGUCCACUGUCCAGUGUGAAGGCCGGCAGAAGGAUGGAUGGAGAAGCAUACUGGGUUCUUGGCAUCCAAGGUGUUCAUGAAUUCAUUCCACACAUAUUCCCCGAGUGUCAGGCUAGUGCCAGGCCCUGCCAGGAGGUGAGACAGAGAGCGAAGGUGGGACUUCUGUGUUGGUGUGGAGUAAAGGCGCACAAACAGGCAGUUGGCAUGCACAGUAAGUGGAAUUGAAAGCACGUGGGAAGAAAACUGGUCCAGAAGGGGUGAGGGGUGGCUGGGAAGGCUUCCUGGAGGAAGGAGUGCUGUGUCAAGCAGGACAGCUGAGUAGGAGUGAGCUGGGGCUGGUGUACAAGGGGAUGACGGCAGCCCAGGUGCAGGGACAGUGUGCUGCCAGGAGUGGCGUGCAAGGGUUCUCGACGGAACGCUUGUGUUCUUAGCCUAGAAGCAUCACUCCUGUUACCAUGUUUCUUAGAGAUUUCUUUCUAAUCAUAGAACUUAAGCGACAGCUUUUCAGCAAAUGGAUGUAGAAAGUACUGCCUCCCCUCCCUGAUCUCUUCUUUAGAAGGUCCUCUGGAAAUGACUGACUCAUCUUGCCUCGGGAAGGUCUAUGGCAUGGUUGGUGCAUCCAUUCUGUAAUUAGGGACCACGAGUUAAGUUCACUUUUGCCAAACGUGAUUCAGGACGCUCGGUCUGUUGUGAUGACGUUUCCAGGGGCUCCCCAUCACCCAUCACCACGUUCAGAAUGUCUUCCGCCAGCCUCGCAGCUGGGUGCCCGCAGUGACGUCGUUUUCCUCUGAGGGCUGGCAUGCUGCAGGCACCACUUUCAUGGGCAAGGGCAUCUUUAUGCCUCAUGGCUGAAGCUCAAGUGUGAACAUUGUGCCCAUUUUUGCUUCUGAGUAGGAGAGGUCAGAACUUGCCAAGGGUCAUGCAGUUGGUUGCCACCGGAACCCAGGGCUGCCCGUCGACCACUGGGCCUUUCUACAGGAGCUGUCUGCAGCUCUAAUUUCAAAAGAUGACCAGAAACCGUAGAAAGCUUUUCUGAGUAAAACAGCAUCAACUUUCUUAAGAAAAUACAAUGUUGCCAGCAGCUGAUUUACUGAUAAAUUAAGAUGAUAAUUAUUAUGGGUUUUUUGCUUAAUUGUCAAACCAUUAAAAUUAAAUUUCAUGACCACCUUC